ACAGUUGUAUCCAUAGCCUUUUGAUUCGCACACUCCCACUUGCAUUCUACUAUUAUAUACACCCAAGACUCUCCUAAACGUAUAGUAUAUAAUAUCCCAAAGCAUAUACUCCUCAAUCAUAGUACUAUUCCCUUGUCUUUCACGUUACGAUUAUAUCAUACUCCCCACACCCAAUUCCUACCUUUCUUUAACCAGUCAGAAGACGACUUUACCCUUCACCGAAUCCCCCGCCCACCACCCGCCGGCGAAAAACCAUGCUCCGCCGGCGCCCCCUCCUCGCCGCCGUCUUCUCUCUCUGCCUCCUGACCUCCUCCCUCUCCUUCCCCUUCCCAACCCCCAAACCCAAGCGCAAAAUCAACGGGCCCAUCAAAACCCUAGUCGUCGUAGUCAUGGAAAACCGCUCCUUCGACCACGUCCUCGGGUGGCUCAAGAAGACCCGGCCUGACAUCGACGGGCUCACCGGGAAGGAAUCCAACCGGAUGAACGCCUCCGAUCCGGACUCCCCGGAAGUAUUCGUCUCCGACGACGCCGUCUUCAUCGACUCCGACCCGGGCCACUCCAUUCAGGCGAUCCGGGAGCAGAUAUUCGGGUCGAACGACUCGUCUCUGAACCCGGCGCCGAUGAACGGCUUCGUCCAGCAGGCGUUCAACAUGGAAGUCGAGGGCAUGGCGAGGACCGUCAUGAGCGGGUUCAAGCCGGAGCUGGUACCGGUCUACACCGAGUUGGCCAACGAGUUCGCCGUGUUCGACCGGUGGUUCGCGUCCGUCCCCGCGUCGACCCAGCCCAACCGGUUCUACGUCCACUCGGCCACCUCCCACGGCGCCUCCAGCAACGUCAGAAAAGAUUUAAUCCAUGGGUUUCCUCAAAAAACCAUAUUUGAUUCUUUGGACGAGAAUGGCCUCAGCUUCGGGAUUUAUUACCAAAACAUCCCCGCCUCUCUGUUCUUCAAGAGCCUGAGGAAGCUGAAGCACGUGACGAAAUUCCACAGCUACAGUUUGAAGUUCAAGGCGGAUGCCAAGAAGGGCAAGCUUCCUAACUACGUGGUGCUGGAGCAGAGGUACUUCGACGUGGAGCUGUCGCCGGCGAACGACGACCACCCGUCACACGACGUGGCGGUCGGGCAGAGGUUCGUGAAGGAGGUGUACGAGACGCUGAGGGGCAGCCCGCAGUGGGAAGAGAUGGCCUUGCUCAUUACUUAUGAUGAGCAUGGUGGGUUUUAUGAUCACGUGCCUACCCCUGUGUCUGGGGUUCCUAACCCGGAUGGGAUUGUUGGGCCUGACCCGUUUUACUUCGGGUUUGACCGGUUGGGGGUUCGGGUUCCGACGAUAUUGAUCUCCCCUUGGGUUGAUAAGGGCACAGUAAUCCAUGAGCCAAGUGGGCCAACUCCAGAUUCACAGUUCGAGCAUUCUUCUAUUCCUGCAACUGUUAAGAAGCUUUUCAAGCUGAAAUCAAACUUCCUGACCAAAAGAGAUGCAUGGGCUGGAACUUUUGAGAACUACUUCAAGCUUCGCCAGACUCCUCGCGAUGAUUGUCCAGAAACGCUCCCUGAAGUUAAGAUAUCACUUAGGCCACACGGACCAAAGGAAGAUGAGAAACUCUCCGAGUUCCAAGUUGAGUUGAUCCAACUUGCAUCCCAGCUAGUUGGUGAUUAUGUACUCAACACAUACCCCAAUAUGGGAAAAAGCAUGACCGUGGGUGAAGCUAACCGUUACGCCGAGAAUGCAGUUGAGAGGUUCUUGGAAGCCGGGAGGGCGGCUCUGAGAGCUGGAGCCAAUGAAUCUGCUAUCGUCACAAUGAGACCGUCCCUCACUACCAGAACUUCAGCAGAGAGUAUAGCAACUGCUUGAAACAUAUACAUACCACCCUCUUCAGAUGCUGGUUAGUGAGACCUUCAGCAGAGAGAGUAUAGCAACUGCUCGAAACCUAUCCCUACCUCUUCAGAUGCUGGUUUCUGUAAUUGAAUGUCUAUAUAGAUGCAUGUAAAUAUUGGGUCUUAUUUGAACUUGUUGAGGCGAGAGCGCAUGGCUGUCCCGUUAAUGUUUCACUUGAAACACCAUGCUCAUUGUUGGGGUUCGAAUCAUAGCCUCCCCUUCCCUGUCCUGUAGGUUUAAAAUUAGUGACGAUAUUUUACCUUCUUUUCUUUUUUUGUAUACCUUCUUAAGGUGUAAAGAAGACCUGUUGGCCUCUUACCAUUCUCUAGUCGUCAUGAUCAUGGGUAAACCUCCGUGUACUAUAAUGUGAUAUAAAGUGCGAUCUACAUUGAGCAA